CAAGCAACAACUUUGCCCAAGAAUGAAAGCAAGUUGAGUUCUCUUUUCCUCCAAGAGGAGAACAUGGACUCACUGCAGGAGAGCCAGGAUUGUUGUGAGGAUCAAAUGGAGAAGAGGAGAAAUAGGUCAACAAUUUCUGCACAGCGCAAUUCCAGCUUCCUGAGCAAACACCAAACAAAAGAGUACCACAAUGGAGGACUUAGAUGGGCCUGGCACGGAAACCAUCAGAGAUCUUUCUCCAAGAGCCCCCCACACUCUGAAAUGUGGAAAGUGGCCCAAGACACAAGGUCUUUUAGCUAUAAUGAGGAACUUUACGAAACCGAAAUAGAAGACAGGUUUUCAUACCACGGGGAAACAAAUCAAUCAAGAGAAAGUAGCACAGAUGAUGAAAAUGAGGAAUUUCAUACAGACUUCGAAGGACAAUCUAGCUCUGAACUGCCCGACAGUGAACAAGAUGCUCCUAUGGAAGCCAUUGGUCAAAAGGAAAUGAGCCAGAAAGCAUUCCUAGAUUCUGUUUUUGGUGAGCUGCCUCCAGAAUCAUUGAUCAAGAUCAAUUUUUUGUUUCCAAAGCCUCCACCUCCUCCACGAAGACCACAGACAAAGCACUCUUGGUUUUCCACCAAAGAUGUAGCUGAUGAAGAAAGAAGCCAGGAAGUUCCUGGAGCUGAUCUACAAAAGGAUGAGAAGCUCAGAAAGCCAAGGAAACGUUACCUUCGCAUUGGAGGCAUGUUGGCUAUGCCUGUCCCUGUGGAAGGGCCACUGUUUGCUGAUCAGGAAAUGUGACCGUAAGCCGUAAGAUCCCUGGGAAAAGCAAAAGCAGGAGCUCGAACCCCAUGGCUGCUUAGCUAAUAAACUCACAAUGCCCCUCUUCUUCUUGUUCAUGUUUCUGUAUGUGUAUUUUUAAGCUAGGUUUUAAUUGGUUGAAUCUUAGGGGGGGGGUUGUUAUUUUAAUGGCUUUUAAGAUGUGUUCUAAUUAUGUUUUUUUAUUAAAUCUGUUGACUGCCUCGGUGGCCCUGGUGAGGGCAGAAAGGCAGGUUAUAAAUUUUGUGAAUAAAUAUUCCUUCAAAAGAA